AUGGCCCGAGGGCGUCCCACAGACUCGCCCGGCGGCAACGAACCGGAGCGGCAAGAAGAUACAGGAGAGUCCGCCAGCUGUGUUCAUGCAGAAGCCACCAAACCGGGAGAAGGGUGGCUUAUAUAUAAUGGCGAAUACCGGUCGUUGAUCUGCGCCUUUCACGGCUAUGCGGUCUGCAGCCUCGAGGGUCACUUGAGGGACCGUCACCCAGACAUCGACCAUCGGGCCCGCAGCGAUAUCAUCCACCGCCAUAAGGGUCUACAGCUGCAAGGGCCGGCAUUGGAGCAGCUCGUCCAGCACGGUGCGUCAAACCCGACCCGGGCCGUCAAGGGUCUCGUCGUUCACCGGGGCUUCGCUUGCACCUGGCCGGGUUGCAGGCACCUCACGCCGAGCUGGAAGUGCCUGCGGGUUCACCUCAACGGCGAGCACAACAUAAAGGGAGCCAAGGCGCAGGCGGGCCUCUGGACCGGCGUCUAUCUGCAAACCUUCUUUACAGGUCCAAAGAGGGCGAUUUACUACUUCUGCGUAAGAAUCUCGACCAGCGGUAACGAUGAUGCUGUCUCGGCAGCAGGAGAUCCUCCGACGCCGGUCGGCAGGGGGAGAAGAGCGACGAUGGCAGACAGGCAGCAGACGCACCCGGAAGAUCAGACGAUGAUCGCCGACAUCACCCAAGGGUGGUCACUGCAGCAGGAGGAGCAGGAGAAGAUGCAGAAGGUCAUGGAGGAGGGGAUCCUGAGGCACGAGACGACGAACUGGCUGAAGAGGACCGGCUGGUCAGCCCACUUCGCCGGGAGGAAUCUGGUGGAUAUCCAAGCCUGCAGCAGGAUGCCCGGCUGUGACGACGACGAGCUGCGACGGAUGGCCACGGCUCUAGAUCGUCUAUUCUUCGACCGCUGCAUCGGCGGGUUAAAGAGCAUGCCCCUGAUGACCCGCCUGCUCCUGGCCAGCCCCCACCCUCACGAUGCCCACAGCCGACCGUUUGGGCCGCUGCAGGAGAAGACCAGCAUGGAUCGCUACCUGGUAUAUGUGAAGCGGUUCUUAUGCUAUUGCCUCAACGUGCUGUCGCUGGAGGAGGAUGCGCUGUUUGCCGAACACGGCUUUCGCUUCACGCCUGCACAGAGGGCCAGCCUCGAGCUGCUCUGGGCGCAUCUGCAGGACGAGGAACAGUCGGGCGAGGGGCUGCAGGAAGAGAUAUUGCAGAUUCUGGCGGACUUCUGGAUGCAGCGGCUCGACGGGGACCCUUUUGCGAGCCCGCUGUGGCACUUCGUCGGGGUGCUGGGAAUCGACGGCGAGACGGGGCAGCUCCGACCUGCCCACCUAUUCACCUACGUGCUUGCGGGACUCGUCUUCACGGGGCGGGCGCUGCUGGGAGAGUGGGCUAUACCCACCCGGGAGCGGGCCGGGAUGACGGACCUCGCGCAACGGUUCGCCCAGGUUCGAGACGCCUGGCUUUGCAAGGCGACAUACUCUCCCAUGGGCUAUACGCUCAGCUUGCUGUUAUACGGAAGGAAGAUCGCGCAGGAGACUGGUAGCCGGCUGAUGGUGUCCUGGAGCAAGGACGGCGAGAUGAUGUACUUCAUGGGCAAGCCGAUCCUGAUGGAGAAGAUUCGUCACAUGGUGGCUAGGAUGACGAAAGACGCCGAGGACCUGCUGUGGGGUCAGUUGAUGUUCAAGGAGGGCGACGACGAGCGUUUCAUCCUUCCUCUGGCCGGCAUUGAGGAUGACCUCACCCAUACAAGACGAGGCCGGUCCUUCAUCCAUACCAACGACCUCGCUGGCAAGGAGGUCGAGAUGCUCGAGGACCUCGUCAUGGGCUCGCGGAAGACAGAGUUCCUAGAUCGAGCGGGCGAGUGGAAGUGGGCGGGCAUCAGGAAGUACCUGAAGCUGGUGAAGAAGUUCGAGGAGUUUCUGCUGCUCCUCUCCCACAUCACCGGCGGCCAGCCCAGCCGAGGGGAAGAGAUCACGGGCCUGCGCCUGGUCAACGGCAUCAACAGGGACCGCAACGUCUUUGUCAUCGACGGCGAUGUUGUGCUCGUCACCCAGUACCACAAGUCUCUGGCCCACUUCGACUCGCCGAAGGUGAUCCCCCGCUUCCUGCCGGAGAGGAUCGGGCAGCUGCUCGUGAUGUACAUGGUCUACAUCCGACCGCUGACGGAUCGCUGGGAGGCGGACAGAUGGGAGCUAUAUGGCAAGAUGGCACCGCCGAGCGACUUCAUCUGGCAUAACGAGACGGGGCCAUGGGAGAGCAGUCACUUUGAGGACGGCGACGACGAUGACGAGUCGGAGCAGUACGAGGCGCCGGACGAUCUGGCUGCCUGUCACACCGGCCAGACAGCCGCCAACUACGGUGUCACGAUCGAUGUGCUGAAGCGCUUGACGGCCGAGUCUCUGGACAUAUUCGGGCAGGUGAGCCGUCGUUGGCACAAGUUCCUCGGCUGCGACGCGCAGCAGCAAUCGGCCUUGGAGCCGCCGCCGUCAACUUCGUCCUCGAAGCGCAAGGGUGCGGCCGAGUCUGGCGGCGAGGAGAAGAAGUGCCACCCUCCCCGGAAGCGGGCCAAGAUCGCCUCGCUCGAGAAGCUAAGGGCAGGUAUGACAGCAGCAGUGGGGGACAAGAAGAAGGACGACAUGAUCCUGCGGGCACUCCGGGCUGUCCUGCGUGAUGACGCUGCCCAGUUUCGGUCACCCCAGCAAGAAGAGGCCGUCAGGUUGGCCGCGGCGAAGCAGAGCCCGCUGGUUGCCGUGCUGCCAACGGGCGGCGGGAAGAGCUUGGUCUUCAUGGUCCCGGCUAUGCUGGCAGGUGCAGGCGUGACCAUCGUGGUGGCUCCGUUCGCCGAGUUGAAGAGGCAGCUAGUCACACGCUGCGUCGAUGCCGGCCUAGACUGCAAGUCCUGGCCCGAGGCGCGUGAAUCUUGGCCCAGGGUUACGCUGGUCUCGGCCGAGGCGGCUGUCACCGAUGACUUCCUGCAGUGGGCCGCUGAUCUGAGUGUCAGGGGAAGGCUGGACCGAGUGGUCAUUGACGAGUGCCAUCUGUCAUUCACUGCCGCCGAAACCUACCGCGCGAAGCUCCGGUGCCUCGUUCUCCUGCGGAGCUUGGGGUGUCCCUUCGUAUUCCUCACUGGGACCCUGCCGCCGCUCCGUCAACGCGACUUCGAAGAAGCCAUGCAGCUCCAGGCUCCGCUCUACAUACGGGCUUCGAGCCAUCGGCUGAACGUGCGGUACUCCGUCCUUCGCGUCCGUAACGGACGGGGCGUCAUGGAGGUGAAGAGGCUGGUGGACGCCCGGCUCCCACGUCUAGCACCGGGGGAGAAGGGGGUCAUAUACUGCACCAGCCACGCGAAGUGUAGAGCGCUUGCCCGGCAGCUUGGUUGCCAUUACUAUCACGCUCAGCGCGAUGAUAGCGAUGCGCAGUUCCUUGCCCAGCGCGAGCAGGGCUUCCAGGCAUGGGUCAACGGCGAAACACCCUACAUCGUGGCUACCGCGGCUCUAGGCACGGGCCUUGAUGUUGCAGGCAUCGUCCAUGUCAUCCAUCUCGAGGCCCCAUUCAGCAUCAUCGACUACGCCCAGGAGGCGGGGCGGGGCGGGCGAGCUGGGGAGCCCGUCACCGCAGAGAUAGUCGUCGAGGAGAAGGACUGGCCGGUUGAGGACCAUAUCCGCGACAGCUACCUAGACUUGAGCACGCGCGAGGUACGCAGUCUGAUCCGGACACAAGGUUGCCGUCGCCGCCUCCUUGGCCAAUGCUUGGACGGUGACCUACGGGACUGUGGAGAUCUCGAUGCCGUCCGAUGCGAUAAUUGCCGCCGCGAUGAGCUGUUGUGGAAGAGUGAGCUAUCCUCGCAGGGUAUCAUAGCAUCACAUGCCCGCGGCAGGCGCGAUGCCCUCGCUCUAGAACGUUUCGAGGCCGCCUUGGAGGAGAUAGAGGAGCUUGGCAAGAUGGGCUGCCGCAUCUGCUGGAUGUUCGAUGGCGUCAAGGAGGCCGGGCACCAGUGGGGUACCUGUGGUGCCACAGCAGAGAAGGAUCUGUCCUUCUCCAGCUGCAUGAUCUUUCAGGGUCUGGUCAACUACAAGAAGGAUCCACAGGCACGUUUCUUGAGCUGCUUCUACUGUCACGUAUCGCAGGAGCUCUGUCGGGACGGUUACGAGACCAAAGGAGCAUCAUGUCGGUGGAAGCAUGCUGUAGUCCCUAUGGCGUUGGCCGCCGUGACGGAGGCAGAUAUAUGGUCGCAAGUCCAGGAGGCUGCCGGUCGAGACUUCAAAGGUCGGGAUGACUAUGCUGACUGGCUGGGCCGUAAGCAUAGCAAGUUGGUAUGCGGGCGAGAGAUGACCAAUGCUAUGGCCGUCUUUGAUCUAGUGCUCAAGUGGAGACAAACUCAAGAGCUUAGUUAA